CAUUUCACAAAUCUCUUGGUUCUUGGUGACAAACUCAAUCUCUUCCCUUUUGUUUACUUUCAUUUGCACAAUAAAGCUCUAUGAGCUAUUAGUCUUUAUCAUUUCAUUUAUGUCUCAAUAAGCUCUUUGAGCAUUCAAUCUCCUUUAUCUGAGAUUGUUUUCAUGGUAUCAGAGCUGCAGUCGAUCAGGGAUCUGCAGAUUUUAAUAUUAUUUCUUGCUUUCAAGCUUCUGCUUGUUUGUGUUGAAGAAGACUCGUGUCUUGCAAUGAAAAAAAAAAGGCUUUGUCUGAGAAAGAAGAACGUAUUACAAGACAAAGACUCUCCACGCUGUCUCUUUCUAUCAUAAAGCUCUGACUUGCAAAAGCUGUUAAAUCGAAAACUGUCCACCUUGAGGUUGCUAAUCUAAGCCACAAAAAAAAUCACCACAGAGAAACAAGACUUGAGCUUCUCUGUCAACACUGAGCUGCGUCCAAAACAAUCCCAAGUCAUGUAUUAAGGUGCUUCUUCAUCACUAUAGUCAAGGGAUCGAAUGGAUCUGUGGGUAAAGAUGAGCAAUAAUGGAAAUCUGAUGGUGAUCUCUCUUUUGGAAGUUUCUGAUUCGAAAGAGAAGUUUGGUUUCCAAUCUAAAACAAGGUAUGAUUACCAGGAAGUGAUAGCGAGCCAGGUUAUGGCUUUAAUAGCUAUAUAUUGGUUCGUAAGUUUUGGAAGAGUUACUGGUUUACUAGGAACACGAGAACAGCGGUGCUGUUCCUUUAUGUGGAGUUUUUCACAGGCGAUAUUAUCAUUCCGGGGACUCGGGUACUGGGAAGAAUUCACCAGAUCGAGUCUUCGUGAUUAUGUUAAGAGAGGAAGAACUUUUGUUACUUUAAAUGGUAAUUAUUUUUAUGAGCAAGGUGAGAUCAUGGAUGGUGUUUUGAGUUCGGCUUGUGACGGAAUUCUAAUAAGGAUUAUGAUUUCUAAUAUGAUAAUGAGUUGGCUAAUGGACUGUGGUGGGCUACAAGCCGGUAUUGUUAUAAGCCAUGGAUUUAAUAAUCAGGGGUUCAAAGUUCAACGAUGUCAACACAAAGUUUGUCACAGAUUUUUUUGGGAUGUAUAUAUUAUUCGUGUAUAUGGGGCGUUACUUUUGUUUAGUCAAUCUAUGUAUUUUAAAUGGCAUGUCUGUGUUUUUCUUUAGGAUGUUUGUGAUUGAAACAUUAGUAUUUGUAAUGUUGAUACACUGUGAGUAUGGGUCUUUCAUGUGGUUUAGGGGCUGUAAUGUGUUUUAUGACACACCGAAUAUAAGGGCUUCACCG